UUGAUAAAAGAGAAACCAACCAAUUGUCUUUAAAUUUAAUUGAUUGUCAACCAUCAACAUCAACAAAUUACCAAAAUCGCGAAGUUGCAACAGCAAAACAAUCAACAGGAUUAACCAUCAACAACAAGAACAACAAUAGACAGAAACAAAAGUCUAGUGACAAAUUACCUUUGGUAGUUAAUCAAAAGAUGAACAAACUCUCAACGGAAGUUAAAUUUACUGAUCAAGUUGGUCAAUCAUCUUCGUCUCUACCUUUCGGACCUGAGGUGCUCCAUGUUAAUAGAAGUGUUCGACAAUCACCUAGUAACCCGUUCCAUGGACAAUCAACUAAUUGUGAUAAUCAACUUGUGGAUAAUUUAAUAGAACCGAUAACCAGUAAACUCUCAUCUGGUUACAGUGAUUUGAGAAACAACAAUUACAAUAAGCAAACAAUUGGUGGUAUUAAAAGUCAACCAUUUAAACCAGUCAACGGUAACAAAGAAUCAGGAUUUUCAUCUUCUACCUACAAUUGUGGUAAUUUAUCUUCAUCAUCUUCUUCUUGUUCUUCAUCAUCAUCAUCUUCUACUUGGAAUAACAAAAUUUCACUUGUUGAAAAAUCUACUACCAGAGAAAAGGAUAAACUAACCAAUAAUUGUAUUGAUAAAGUUUCAUCUUUCAGUGAAAAUAAUUGUCUCGUGUUCAAUUCAAGUGAUGGUUAUUUGGAUGUGCAACAAUCUAAUCAUCAACAAUUAAUCUAUUAUGAUAAUAACGAUGUGGAUAAUGAUGAUGAUGAUGAUGAUGGUCAGAGGAAUUUAGUCAAUCAAUCUAAAUAUCUUGAUGACGAUAAAAAUAGUAACUGUUUAGGAAAAGAAGAGAAAACAAAACAAUUUAGUAGAAAGAAAAAAUUACUUUCCCAAGAAAAUAAUUCAUCUGUAGUUCCAUUGAAAGAGUUGAACAAUUUAUCUCCAUCAGAAGAUAGUUUUAGUAAUAACAAUUUACCUGAAUCAGAUAAUAAUCAGUGUAAGGAUAGAGAAAAAUUUAAAAAUUGUAAAUAUACCAAAAAUAAUCAGCCAAGUGAUUUAUUGAAUGAUAAUCAGUCUACAAGUGAUUGCGUUCAUGUUGAUAUCUCAACUUUAACCACAGUUAACAACAAGCUUGAUAACAACAACACCCAAGAAAAGAAAAAUGGUCAAACGGAGCAACAAUCACCAUUAAAUGGAACACAAUCAACAACAGCAAUUAUUUCAUCACCUUCAUCAUCAACAACAACAACAACCAAUUCACCAAGUAGAAAUAAAUUUUACUCUAUUGGAAGUCAAUUGCCAAAGACAACAGUUAAAAGUGUAAAAAGAAUCGGUGUUUUUUAUUCCGAUCUAUGUGAUGUAAUUAAAGGAAUGAGAACUUCAGGCCAAAAUCAGAGUAAUCAUCAUUAUCAUCAACAACAACCUUCUCAUAAUGUCCAUCAACAGCAACAACAACACCACCAUCACCACCACCAUAAUCCACAGCAACAAUUAAAUUCAAGUUACAAUAAUAACAACAUCAACCAUCAAUUAACAAAUGAUGGUAACCAUUCAGUCAACAAUGGUAAUGUUGUUACCAAUAACAAUGGUUUUAAUGUUUCAAAUGAAACAACUGAUGAUGGAGAUGAGAAUGGCGAUCACAACAAUGGUCAACACAAUCAACAACAACAACACCAACAUGAUCAACAAAAUAUUUCAACCUUGAUGAUUACUGGUGAUACUUCAAUAGAAACAACAAAUGGUUCUAGCCAAGGGUCACCUAUUUAUCGCCCACCACCAUUAAUGGAUUCAUCUAAUUUACCAGAUAUCCUUAAUUCACAUUUACCUCCUCCACCUCCUUAUUCAACUUUACCCCCUCCUGGUCAUCCUUCAAUCAUCUAUCCUCGAUCACCACUCUUAUCACAUAACAAUAAUAAUAAUACGUUAAUUUCUGCCACUCAAUCAUCUUGUAAUCCCUCAGGUCAACCUGGUCAUCAUCAUUCGCAGCCAUUAUCAUGUUCAUCUUCCAUAAAUCCAUCAUCAACACCCUUUCUACCCACAAUUAGCUCAUAUUCAAUGACACAAUCACCUCUUGGUCUGAACACUGUGCCUUCUUCACACCCUCUUCCUCCAUCUUCAGGUCAACCUGUGUCACCCGGACGUCCAUUACUCCCUUCUAGAAGAAAUUAUGCUCCAAUUGUUGCUUCCGGUGGAAACAAUGGAACCAAUGGAAUCUCAGCUUCAACCGCCGCCGCCUUAUCAUCAUCUUUCUCAAACAACAAUUACUUAUCUUCAACCUCUACAUCCAAUUUACCCCAUUCAGCUCCAUCCGGAUCAUCAUCAACCUCCACAUCGCAUCCAUCCCCGCCAACAGUUUCCCUGCCACCACCCCAUUCAUCAAGCCACCACCAUCAUCACCACCACCACCAUACAAGCCAUCCUUCAAAUCAUCGUCAUCAUCAUCCCUACCUUAGGUCAGGCUGUUCUCGUGAUAGUGAUGCUGAAACAAGUACAACAAAAUCAUGUUUUAAUUGCACUCGAUUCACCUUGAAAUGGACUCUCCUUACAAUCUCAUUCAUCGGCGUUAUUUUCACAAUCGUCGGCACUUUCCUAGGAUCUUCUGACAGAGUGGGCAGGGAAAAUCUAACAGUUUCCCUCACCAUGAUAUGUAUCGGCAUAGUAUUGGUAGUAAUUAGUGGCCUCACAUGGAAAGCAAUCAACACGGGAUCUGAAUGGAGAAGCCUCUUUGGCCUGGAUGAGAUUCCAGGUAUCGUUGGUACAUCGGGAAGCUCAUUGGAAUCAACUGGUCGACGAUUCUUACCCCGUGUACCCGAUCCCCAUGGACGUUCAGGUGCUCACCAUCAUCCCUACGGGGCCAUGUUUUACCCUGAAUUUCAAUACCGUCCACCGCCGCCAUCAUACCAAGCAUCCAUGCAAGAAUAUCGCCUCAGGCUACUUCUCCUGGAAAGAUCAUCUUCUCACACACAACCUACCUCCCUCUCACCAGUCUCACCUCCGCCUACUUACCGAAGCUCAGCGGCCUCAAGUCUUGCUGGAACCUUGAAUCGACCGGGAGGUAACACACUUACACGACCCAUAAGUCGACCUCCAAGUUAUCGAUCUAUUAUUGACCAAAAUUCUGUGAAUAAUAAUAACAAUAGUUCAUUAAGUGGACAAUUAAACAGCAGCGGAAAUAAUAACAAUAAUUCACUUGGACAUCCAAUAUACUCAUCAUCUCGUCUUAUCACCACCACAACCUCAACCAAUGCUAGUCAACAAUCCCAAGAACCUAUUACAAGUACCGGUGGUUUAAACAGCACAAUCCCAACCACCAAUUCCACCACUAACACAACAACAACCUCCAAUUAUAAGGAUGAUGUAAAUAGGAUAACAAUUCACCAAACAAAUACAACAUCAACCGUUUGUACACCAAAUGGAAUCAAUAUCGUGGCCAUAACACCGAUGACCAAUGAAUCAAAUGAUGAGACUACAGAUCGUAACAAUACAAUUAACGCUAACAUGUUAUCUAAUACAAAUUCAUCGUCGACAACAUCACUUUCCGCUGUUACUUUGACCUCAAAUAGUGAGAAUUUAUUGACACCAGCCUUUAAUAGUGGACCUAACCCUUCGAUCUCAACUUCGGGCAAUUCGGAGGUUCAAAUACUUGCUCAUGUUUGACCCAAAUUCGUGGAAAGACCAAUAUUUUGCAUGGAAGAUGAUCUACCCUAGAAAAUGAAUUUUUUUUUGUUCCUCUCUCUCUCUCACUCUUUCUGUCUCUUUCUCUCUAUUUUUUGUAAUAAUUAAUUGUCCAAUGUACAUUAUUGAUUAAGUGCUGAUGAAAUUAGUUUUUUUUACUCUCAAUCGAUUGACAAUCAAGCUUGUAAUUGUUUCUAUUUAACUGACCCUAACUUGAUUGUAAUUGACCUCCAAAAGGAUUGACCAACACGAUUAAUGGAUUACAUUUAUAUUUAUAAUGUUAAUGUUAAUCUCGAAAUAUCGAAACUCAAACGGAUUCGAAAAUAUCACUUUGGACCAUUUAAAGAAUUGAGCCAAAGGAGGCGAGAAUUUCAAAUGGAAUCAAAUUUUCUCUAAACACAUGUAUUAUUAUAUAGAUUUUUCGAAUAGAUUUCGAAAGUAAUUCGUCAAUCCAACCGAAAGGAAAUAAGUUCUCUUUUCGGUUAGAUUUUCAGUUCACUUUCCGUGCCAAUCUCAUGGAAGCUUUGAUGGCGAUCAAUUGGAAUUCGAUAUUUAAGAGACUCUAUCAAUGCUCAUUAUCGAAUUCUUUCCCACUAUCUAAAGUUUUCGUAGAAAAAAAAGUUCUGAAAUGUUCCAAACAGACUAAGAUUGACAUGGAAACACUUUCGAGUCCAAGAAUCGUCUUAGCGAUUCAACAAGCGGCUCAAUUUAAUAUGAGCUUUUUGUUUUGGGAAAUUAACAUAUUGUCAAUUUGAGAUUAAUAAAAUAACUGUUAAUUUAAAA